CUAGGCAUGCAGACUGCUUCUACAAACAUUUGUGAAAGAAUGGGUCAUUCUCAGAAGGUCAGUGAAUUCAAGUGUGGCACCCUGAUUGGUUGUCACCUGUGCAAUAAGUCCAUCCACGAAAUUUGCUUGCUACUAAAUAUUCCAUGGUCAACUGUAAAAAGUGGAAGCAACUGGGAACAACAGCAACUUAGCCACGAGCACGCCAUCACUGGACUCUAGAGAAGUGGAGACGUGUUCCCUGGAAUGAUAAAUCACGCUUCUCUGUCUGGCAAUCAGAUGGAGGUGACUGGGUUUGGCGUUUGCCAGGAGAACUUGCUUGACUGCAUUGUGAAAAUGUAA